UGGGGUGAACGAGGAACCCAAGGCAAAUGGAUAGUGGUCCUCGUCUCGCGACGCAGCGAUCUUGUGCCUGCCUGCCUCUCAACGUCGGCGACUGGUGCGGCAGCCGGCGGAGGACCGCCGGGUUCGCCCGGAUGCCGGACGGCGAAUACGACGACGAGUGUGCUCCACUCGCGCGCCAUUCGGCCCGGUCCUCGGCCACGAGGCUGCGGGGGCUGUGGCGGCGGAUCAUGAAGGAGAAGAGGAGGAUCUUUAACCCGGCGUCUCCGGCGCCGAUGGCUUACGAUCCACACACCUAUGCGCAGAACUUUGACGAAGGGUCGGCGUGGGAGGAGCCGGAGGACUUGUCCCGGUCCUUCUCCGCCAGGUUCGCCGUCCCCUCGAGAGUACUGCAGAGAAUAAGGUGAUCAAGUCUCUAUGCCAAAUGUCUUAUAUGAGUUCUUCUAGUAAUCUGUUGUCGUGUGAAUUAUUCCUGGUUUCCUGGCAAGCAACCUAGAUUUUAUGCUCUUUUGCAAUUCAACCAUUAUACUCUGUUCUCUC